GCUCAUUUUUGUUCUCUCUGCAAAAAAAAAUAAAAAUGAAGAAGAUGAAUUUCUCAGAGAUGAAAGAGCAGGUCAUUAAUAGUGUGACACGGUACUUCAAUAGGGAUUGGAACAGAGACGACAUGAUGAAUUCCGAUGAAAUUCCAGAUGAAGUUCACACAACCUUGCAGAUGGUGUAUCUUUGUCUCUUCUGUACCAUGUUGAGCUCUACUUUUGGAACCUAUUUGCAAUGGCUCUCGAUAGCCGGGGGGAAACACACAGUCCUGUCUUAUGUAGCAAAUUUAAUCUUGCUUUACCUUACUCCACCAGAGAGACUGAACACGAGGAUCUUAAUCUCAAUGUUGGUUGCCUAUUCAUUUGGUUCUUCUUUUGGCUUUUUUGUCAGUUAUCUCUUCAAAAUUGAGCAAAGCUAUGUUCUCAGACUUUGGGCAGGUAUAACAAUUGGCAUUGGAAAUUUCUUCUAUAGAGCCAUCACAACAACGGAUAGGAGUGAAAUCUACAUCGGUUGCCUGCAAUAUUGCAUUAUUCUAAUGAUCUCCGGAAUUGCUUUCAUUCUCUGGGAAAGACAUACAGCUCUCUGGAUGAUAACGAUACACACUCUGCAGAUAUUGUUCAUGGGGUACCUUGUGAUAUAUAGCCAAGAAAUACUAUACGAUGCUAACUAUGGAGAUAUUAACUUCGUCAACUGCACACUCACCGUCUUCUUCCAUUUACCAGGCAUAGUGAUCCAUGCUGCAAGACUAUACCUUCAGGGUGUAGAAAUUGAGCAACACGAACAGAAUUAAAGCUGAUUCACCUAGGAACUAUAGAGAGUAGAAUGUGCACCUUUCUGUAAAUGAUGAACAAAUAUUCCUUUGUGUCUACAUUUUACUGAUUGAAUUUGGAAUUCCUUAGUUUAAAGCAAACUGCUUUAAAUGUUUCCUGGCAAAUGAAAUACUGAAGUGAUAGCCUUUUAUAAAAAUUAUUUCGGUACUUUAGGUUA